AUGGCGACGGGAGGGGACCCUCCGCGGUUCCCCCGCUCGCGCGGCGAGCGCAGCGAGGCUGCGAGGCGUGCCCGUGCCGCGGCCGAUGCGGCCGUGCGGCACGCCCGCGCGCGCGCCGGCGAGCUGGAGAAGGAGGUCGCGCGCCUCAGGGAGGUCAUCGCGGGCCUCACGGGUGGCGUGCCUGCUGCCGAGCCUGGUUCGUGGCAGGACAGGGAGGCGGCCGCUCGGCCCGCCCUGAUCCUGGCCUCUGGCGGCCGGCCCGUGCCAGGGGCCGUGAGAUUCCACCGGAACACGGCCUUGCACGCGGCUCGUGCGCCUGCAGCGGGGUUUGCGGCGGCACCGCGGGCUGGCUUGGCCUGGGCGGCGGCGGGUCCGCGCCUUGGAGGCGUGCUCGGCCGGGGUGCGGCGGCCGCCGUCGUGUGCAAGGUCGAGAUCUGCGAGUGCGAGGUGCCCGCGCGGCCCUCCCCUCCGGCCCCGCCGCGUCGUGAGCUGCCGGAGGCGGCCGACGCGAGGCGCACGCCGCUUUGCUCCGCGCUCUCGGAGCAGCUCGGCUUGCUGCAGGGCGACCUGGCGACGCUGUCCGGGCGGCAGGGCGCGCUCGUGGAGGGCGCCGAGCUCACGGUCGAGCUGGAGGCGCGCCCGCAGCGGCUGUGCGCGCUGGAGGACACCGCCGAGCCCAAGGCCGAGCUGGAGGCGCUCUCGGAGCAGCUUGGCUCGCUGGCGGGCGACGUGGCGACGGUGUCCGAGCGGCAGGGCGCGUUCGAGGAGUGCGCGGAGCCCAGGGGCGAGAUGCAGGAGCUCUCGCAGCGGCGCUGCGCGCUGGAGGGUUCUACCGAGGCCGAGGCCGAGCUGGAGGCGCUUUCGGAGCAGCUUGUCUCGCCGAAGGGAGACGUGGCGGCGUUGUCCGAGCGGCAGGGCGCGCUCGCGGAGGGCGCCGAGCCCACGGUCGAGCUGCAGGACGACCUGGCGGCGCUGUCCGUUCGGCAGGGCGCGCUCGAGGAGGGCGCCGAGGCCAGGGGCGAGCUGGAGGUGCUCUCGCAGCGGCCGUGCGCGCAGGAGGCGACCUCCGAGCAGCUGGUCUGGCAGAAGGGCGACUUGGCGGCGCUGUCCGAGCAGCAGGGCGCGCUGGAGGAGGGCACCGAGCCCAAGGGCGAGCGGGAGGUGCUCUCGAAGCCGAUGAACGCGCUGGAGGCUCGGUGCGAGCAGAGGGAGGCGCAGAAGGCCUCCCGCCACGCGUUCUGUGAGAGCUUGUUUUACUUCCUGGACGAUUUCUCGGUGGCGGCGGUGAUAUGCGUGGCCAUUGGGCCCAAGACGGGAGUUGAGGCACUCCUGAGCUCGGCCGAGGCCCGCUUUCUCGGCGUCCGCCCCAGCACUGCAGGUUGGCCAGAUGCCGAGGAGCGUGAGCGUAUCCUCGAGGGCCGCUUGCAGGUCGUCCAUAUGCAGAGGGGCGUGAGGGGCCCCCUCGAUGAUUGA